UUAUCGCAUUCAAUCAGGGUGCGAUCGGUUAUCUUGAUGGUGAUUUCUGGAGUGCGAUUUUCAGUACUGAACAGAGCCGCAUUGGUGUGAGUGUUGAACGGACGGCUGCACAAAAGAGGUUGAGAAGCGAAGAAUACCUGAAUGCGCGGCGGUGUGUUCAGGAUGAGAGAAGGUGCAGAACCGGUCGAAUCACAUCCAUUCAGUUUGAGUUUGGCUCUUGUGCAGUGAAGACCUAAAUUGGAGUUGAUUUUUUUUGCUCUUGAGACAUUUCCCAGUGAUUGGAGAAAAAUCAACAAAACGAGUUUCAUUGUUGGAGAAGAAACGUGUUUCACGAAGUCAUACUGUGAAUGGAAUGCAAUUAGUGGAAGAAUCGAAAUAAAGAAAGUCAUUCAAGUGUUUGACAAGUUUGGAACAAUUAUCGAAUGAGAGUGAUCUCAUGAUUGGUUAACAGUGUGAGGCAAUUUUAUCAGAAGAGACAUAUCAAGUGCUUUACUUUACGAAAGAGUUUUAGUGAUUCCGGACAUUAUCAAGAUGAUUAAUCACUCCAUGGCCAGUCUAAGCCACCCACAUUAUGGGUUUUCGCUGGGCAGCCAUCAGAUGGAUAUGCCGCCGGCAGCAGACUUCGCACCCCAGCCGAAUCACAGCCCAGGAAGCAUGGAUAUAAAACCUCGUCUUAGCUUCCCACCCACGUCACUAGCCGGAUUCCAAGCUCAUACUCCUACUCAGCCCGGAUCGCACCAGACAUCGCCUGGCCAGGAUGGGCACAUCAAACGUCCCAUGAACGCCUUCAUGGUCUGGUCUCGGCUACAGCGUCGGCAGAUUGCUAAAGACAACCCCAAGAUGCACAAUUCGGAAAUCUCUAAGCGAUUGGGAUCGGAAUGGAAACUUCUCACCGAAGCUCAGAAACGUCCAUUCAUCGACGAGGCUAAGCGCCUUCGGGCCAGCCACAUGAAGGAACAUCCAGACUACAAGUAUCGGCCUCGGCGUAAGCCCAAGAACCCAUUGGCUAAUGCCGCCGGUGGACUAACUCUUGGAAUGCAACAAUCGGCUAAGAACGCCCUCGGAUCAUCGUACCCAUUCCCGCAGCUUCCUCCGUACUUUGCGCCCACUCACCACCUGCAACAGCUGGAACAGCACUACCCAGUUCCUUACUUCGGCGGUUUUGACCCGCUGACCCUAUCCAAGCUACACCAAUCCCAGCAGAGCAUGCAGAGUACCUCGCCGACGGGUCUGGAAGCGCAAAAGACUCAACAAAUGCCACCGACAUCGCUCAGCUCGUUCUACUCCAACAUCUACAGCGGUAUCUCGGCGGCGGCGGCAGCAGCCCCUCUCUACGCAGCACAUUCCAACGGCCUGUACAACUCAUCCGCGUCGUCCGCAUCGCCCGGAUCCAGUCCCAGUACCUCCCAGCAGUCCAGCGUCCUGCCCAGUGACAUCGAAAACUCGAUGCGACGGCCCGUGCAGGUCAUCUACUAAGCAGCCGAGUGCGCCAGUCGGUGUUCGCGUGAAUCUCAUUGUAAGCAGCAGUAUUCUUCGUAGUUCAGUUUACCGAUGGCCUGUGGCGAACCGCUUCCUUCGCCAUCUGCGUGUAUAUAUUGAGUGAUUAGAAGCGAUCGAAGGGAGCCUCGUCCGGGCCAUUCAUGUUACUUUAAUUUAUUAAUGUGAAUCGAUUACUCCCCAGAAGAAGAAAGUAUUAAAAGGAACGAAUCCCUCUCAUAGUAGGAACUUUUAUGUUUUUUAAACACCUAGGAAAAAGAGAACCGUGUACAUAGCGUAGGAUCUUAUCGUUGUGAGAAAUGUGAAAACAAUCUGAAAUUAUGUUAACCCAAAACCGACCGGAAACGUUCAGUAAGUUUUGUUUUAGUUGUACUCAAACUUUGAGAUUAUUUUUCAAUCUCGCCAGACUUUUGGACAACGGAUACACAUUUUAUAACGGCACCCCACAUAGGAAAGUAUAAUUCGCAGAAUCGUCAAUCGGUGGAAACGAACAAUUAUUCCGCUGAUUGAACGAUUCGGAGGAACUGUAACUGUAGGUAUUGAAAAGUGUAACAGGAUCUGAUACAUGAACUGUAUUUGUUAUUAUCUUAUAGAUGGUAAGGAAAAGUGAAAGAUUGGUGGAGAAGAAUUGUAACUGAUUAAUAAAUAAUUUUUGAUGAUAAAAAUGAAA